AUGGGACCAUACAUCAUUGCCAACGUGUUUAUUCUGCUCGGUCCUACGCUUUUCGCCGCUUCUAUCUAUAUGACGCUUGGUCGACUCAUCCGUAGAGUUCAAGGAGAACCUCUUUCUGUCAUCCGUGUCUCACGACUCACAAAAACAUUUGUCUGGGGCGAUGUGGUGUCCUUCAUUGUCCAGGGAAAUUCCUCAUCUCUUUCAGUUCUGGGAUACGCGCAAUGGGGAAAGGUUUGUGUCGUUGCCGGUUUGGCGAUUCAACUGAUUUCGUUUUCGCUCUUUUGGGUUACAGCAAUCAUUUUCGCAAAGCGUCUUCGUCGCGAACCCACUCCUGAGUGCCUCAAGCCCGCUAUUCCAUGGAAACAAUCAUUGCAUAUGUUAUAUGCUGUCAGUGCCCUCAUUUUGGUCCGUUCUAUUUUCCGGAUCAUUGAAUAUGUCAUGGAUAAUGAUGGUUAUCCUCUUAUGCAUGAGUGGACAUUAUAUGUUUUCGAUAGCGUACCGAUGGCAAUUGUCAUGCUUAUUUUCUUCAUUUGGUAUCCAGACCAAAUGAGCCUUGAUGCAGAUCCCGAGAGAAGCAUACCGCUUGCACACAGUUAUUCUGAGGUUUGA